UACGAACGAGCUCAGUUAUCCCGCGUUUAUCCGCGCAAACUCGAGGGCCUGCAGCGCGCGGCGAUUUCCGAGCUACCCGGUAGACAGGAGCCGUCUCCGGCGAGGAAAGAUCCGAGGAUCGCUAUCCAGUAGGAAUCGCGGCCCGGAAGUCCCUCCAGCGUCCACUAGUCUGCGGUCAAGACUAUCGGAGAUAUGAGUAAGGACUGCGGCGUAUGCGGGAUCUAUCCCAGAUGGUUACGGAAUCGGGCCACUCCGAAGAACUUCAUCGCGGUGUAUGGUUUGCUAGGCACCGUCCAGGCAAUGGCCUUCAUCUACAUCGUUGUCACCUUGACGACUCUGGAGAAGAGAUUCAAGAUACCCAGUCGUACAACUGGGAUAAUUCUCUCGGGUAACGAGAUUUCUCAGAUCUUGUCUUUGAUCUUGACCUACUACGGAGGAUCUAGUCAUCGGCCAAGAUGGAUCGCGGUUGGAGUCGGCUUGAGCGCAUUGUCCUGCUUUGUUUUGGCUCUACCUCACUUCAUAUAUGGUCCUGGAAAGGAUGCGUUGGCAUUGACGAAGGAAUACCUGGAUCAGACCUUACUGAAUAUGACGUCUGUCCCAAAGGACCUCGCGAUUUGUCCACGCACGGGUGAUCCGGAACUAUGUGAUACCGAGACCAUGUUGAGCGUCAGUCUCCUCCCACGACUACUCGUUUUCAUAUCUCAAUUUAUUCUUGGGAUAGGGACUACCCUUUAUUAUGGCCUGGGACAGACGUAUUUAGAUGACAAUACUAAGAAGAAAAAUACUCCUAUGCUCUUAGGUUUUACAUUCGCUUUACGGACUGUGGGUCCGGCGAUUGGAUUUCUAUUGGGCUACGGUUGCUUGAGUUUAUACAUAAACCCAAAGCUCCAUCCUGUUAUUACCAAGAAAGAUCCGCGAUGGUUAGGCGCAUGGUGGCUCGGAUGGAUCAUCCUCGGCGGUAUAAUGGGUACGUUCGCCGUUUUGAUCGCUAUGUUUCCACGGGAUCUUCCCACCUCGCCAGAUGCUCCCAAGGAGACUAACGAGAUACCCUUGAAGCUAGAUUUAGUGCUGCAGCGAAAGCCGCCCAUACAGAUGGAACCCACUAAACCAAUACCUUUACAGACUGACACAACAUACAUACCAACUAUUCGCGAGUUUCCAAAAGCCAUGAAACGAAUAUUGACCAAUUGGCUGUUGACUUGCAAUAAUUUGAGUACCGUAUUUUAUAUACUUGGUGCUUCGACUUACAUCACGUUCUUAGCAAAGUAUCUCGAAGUCCAGUACAAUACGUCCGCUGCUAGCGGUACUGUGAUAGCAGGCCCCGUAUCACUAAUUGGUAUGGUAUUAGGAUUCUUACUAUCGGGACUGGUAAUUAGCAAGUUCAAGCCACGUCCUAGACCACUCUUUGCAUGGAACGUGUUUGUUGGCAUGUGUUUCGUCGCGGGACAAGUGUCAUUCAUGUUUUUUGGAUGCCCGGAGGCUGGUAUUCGCGGUGUAGACUUAGAAACUAGGCAAAUGAAUUUGACAGCCGCUUGUAACGCCGAUUGCAAUUGCGCGGGUGUGAAAUAUUCGCCGGUCUGCCACGAGGCAUCGAAGACGACCUUCUUCUCCGCCUGCCACGCGGGAUGCCGAACAAUUCUGGAUGACAAACAAUUUGGAAACUGCAGUUGCCUGCCAUUGGAGGAAUUAACUAUCGAAGAUCACUUUCCCGGCUCCAGCAAGUCCCUCAUCCUGGAGCAGUAUCUGCCCGAUUCGCACACGGUUUCUCCAAUCUUUGACAAGGUCAAAGCUGGUCCGUGUCCCAGUGAAUGCCACGGGCCAUAUCUGUUCUUCAUAGUGCUCACUUGUGUAAUCCAAACGUUGGGUUGCUCCGGCAAGAUCGGCAACAUUCUGGUAAACUACAGGAGCGUCGAAAAGAGGGACAAGAGCUUCGCCCAGGGUGUCACGCUGAUGAUCAUUUCGUUAUUAGCCCUAAUCCCGGGACCGAUCAUCUUCGGAGCCAUCAUCGACUCUACUUGUUUGAUAUGGGAGGAGACCUGCGGGACUAGAGGAAACUGCUGGUUCCACCAUAGAGAGAAUUUCCGAUUCUUCGUGAAUAUUACAUCGGCCGGAUUUUCCACGAUAGGAGUAUUGUUUGACGCUGCAGUUUGUUAUCUCGGCAAAGAUUUGGAUCUGUAUGGCGCCGCGGAGAGCGACAAAAGACGCGAGUUCGUGAAGGAAGACACUGCGAUUGACCACGCGGACAAGAAGAAGGAAGUCAACGGGACUUUAAAUCAGAGGAUAGAGCACAGCCAUUUAUAACGUUCGUCGCUGUGGCCCGGCAAGGGCUUUUGUGGGGUUCUCUAGGUACCUGAAAUUCUGGGGCUUCCUUGAGCGAAGCUGAACAUUCCUUGAUGAAUGAUUUGUAGAUAGAGCAAUGAUUCUAUUAACGGCAAGAAACAAUCGUGUAAAUAAUGUUGACGUAAGUUGCACUUCGACUGUUGCAUUCUCAAGAUUCUGGAGCAAAAACUGGAAGCUACUGUUGUUACAAUGUUGUUGAGUCUUUAUUCUAAAAGAUCAUACUUAUUCCUAUUUUCUUGUAAAUAAACUACAGAUAUUUUUGC